AUGAUUGAUUCAUAUAAAGAAGAUGAUUAUAUUAAAGAAUUUAACGAAGGAAACGAAUUAGGCAAUUAUAUUAAGAUGCAAAAUGAGCCAGAAAUCGAUUCAUAUUGGGAAGAUCCUGAAAAUUUUUCGCAAAUUUGUCGAUUUAUUGAUGCUCUUCAUGAUACUGAUUUAAAAGAUCCAGAAUAUGAAAAUCCGGCUAAAGAUUAUCUUUGUAAUAUACAUCAAAUUAUCGCAAAUCAUGUUUUACCAAAUUUACCUGAAUUUCAAGAGUUUGAAAUCCCUAAUUUGAUCAAUUUCCUGCUUACAGAACUCAUGGAGCGUAAAUCUGUUAACAAAGAACUUACUCAAGCAUGCUUUUCCAUUGCAGUUGACAUAACUCGAAGUCAUUCAUCGUAUAUCAGUGAUUUACUGGCAGGAAACUAUCUUAAUGUGUCUCAGUAUUUCAUUACAAAUGCUCACAGAGCAUUUUUUUCAUUAAGAAGACCUCAAAAUCAAAAAUUAAGUUCAAUAAACAGUGUAGAAACGCAAAUUAUAAUUUCAUACAUUAACAUACUAAUAAAUCCUGUUUAUGGAUACUUAAUAGGUCCAGAAAUCGCGAAAACAGUUGUUCAAAGAUAUCUUCAAUCUUAUGACUUCGAACAUGCACAAUACUUACAGACAUUUAUUGCGCAUUACAUUGCCAUUGCAAAUGACAUACAAAUUGUCAUUAAUGAAAUACAUAAUGCGCUAAGAAUUUGGUUGGAUCUGAAAUUAGGGUAUGAAACAUAUUAUACAGGUAAUAUUCUUUAUCAGUUAAUUAUUAAAGGCUACAUAGACAAGUCAAAUGUUGAACCAAAACGAAUUUCAAAUUGGAUUAAAAUUUCAUGCGAAGAAUGUCCAAUUGUUUGCUUAAAAGUCAUUUCAGUUUUGCUCAAAAAUGUCCCAGAAGCGUUCAACAGUAAGUUUCUCCGCCCAGCAAAUGUUGGAAACCUGAUUGUUGAAAUUAUUCAGCAACAUCAUGAUGAAAACACACUUAGACAAGCUUAUUACGGUCUAGAAAUGCUUGUUAGCCACUUCCCCACAACAAUUCGUGAAUAUAACCAUAAGGAAGUGAUAAUAAACUCAUUUUCCAUUUUGGAUGAACUUCCUUUCCAAGCGAAAAAUGCUUUUUAUGAGUAUUUCAUUGAAGUUAUGCUGCAUUUGGAGCUUUCUGAAAUGCCUGAAGUUGAUUUUUCAAAAGUUAUUUCGGAAUUGCCAGAACAAAUAUCAUCUUCCUCGGAUAAAGAUUCCGUGGAUAUAUAUGUUCGCUUUUUGUUAAAGAUUGAAAGCCGGAUUCGAGGAAAUUUACUUUACGACGUUGGAAUCAUGACUGCUCUUAACGAAAUUAAGGAUGAUGUCAUAGAUAUAUUAGAUGAUAUGGAAGAAACAGAUAAUAUCAACACUUUGCUUGAUUUGUUGUCUAAUGAACCUGAAUAA